GAUCUCUCUGACCAUUGCAGGAGGCUUGGCGGCAGCAGUGGCAGCGGCAGUAAUGGAAGCCUCACAGCCAAGUGGCUCAACGACCCCCAACAUCAGAAGCAUCUCAGGAGUCUUUGUGGGGGCUUCUGGCAAGACCACGAGCCUGGCACAAGCUCUCCAGGACCACCUGAUCCAACCGGAUGUUGCCCUGGCCCUGCUGGAAGCCCAGGCAGCCACAGGUGGCAUCAUUGACCCCAAGGGUGAGCGUCUCCUCCCUGUGGCGGAGGCCCUGGCAGUGGGAUUGGCAGGGCUGGAAAUGAAGGAGAAGCUGCUGUGCGCAGAGCGGGCAGUGACAGGUUUCCCUGACCCCUACACAGGGGAGAAGAUCUCCCUCUACCAAGCCAUCCAAAAAGAGCUGAUUGGAAGAAAGCUGGGCUUGCAUCUCCUGGAAGCCCAGAUAGCCACCGGAGGGGUCAUUGAGCCUGUUUCUGGCCAUCGCAUCCCUCAGCAAGAGGCCUGUGCACGGGGCUAUUUGGACGAGGACGUGAGCGACUCCCUCUCUGAUCCAGGGAACGAGGAGGCCAAGGGCUUCAGGGAUCCCAAUACUGACCAGAGGGUCACCUACACAGAACUGAUGAGAAGAUGUGUUGCAGACCCAGCCAGAGGCCUGCUCUUGCUGCCUCUCAAGAUCUCUUUCCCUGGACUGAGAGGGGCUGUGUGUAGCCGGGAGCUGCUGGAUUCUGGAAUCAUUGACUCCACCACAUUUGAAGCCCUCCAGAAGGGGGAGAUGACAGUGCAGGAAGUGGCAGAGAUGGACUCAGUGCAACAGUCCACGUCGGAGAUCACCAGCAUUGCUGGAGUAGCCAUCCUGCCAACGAAUGAACGCAAGAGCCUUUACCAAGCAUUAGUAGAGCACCUCCUCCCUCCUGGCACAGCUGAAAUUCUGCUGCAGGCUCAGGUGGCCUCAGGCUAUUUAAUCGACCCUGUAAAGAACACAAAAUUAACUGUGGCUGAGGCCAUCCAGGCAGGAGUUGUUGGGCCGGAGCUGUUUGGGAAAUUGACUUCAGCUGAGAGAGCAGUCACAGGAUACAAAGACCCCUACACAGGGGAGACCAUCUCUUUGUUUCAAGCCAUGCAGAAACACCUGGUGCCCAGGAACCCAGGCCUUUUCCUGCUAGAUGCCCAGCUCGCCACGGGAGGCAUCAUUGACCCACACGCCUAUCACCGACUUCCGACAGAGAUGGCCCUGCAGAGGGGCCACUUGGAUGAAGAGACGUACAAGCUGCUGUGCAACCCUACGGACGAGGCCCGUGGAUUCUUUGAGCCCAACUCAAAGGAGAAGUUGUCCUAUGGGGAGCUGCUCUUGCGGGGCGUCUCUGAUUCAGAUACCGGGCUCUGCCUCUUGCCUCUUGCUGGAGAUCAUGAGGGGAGUCAUACCUUCAUUGACCACAAUACAAAGCUGGCCCUGGAAAACACCACGGUGUCGGUGGCCUCCAGUAGGUUCAAGGGAAGGCCCAUAUCCCUCUGGAAGCUCCUCUUCUCAGAAUACCUGACAGGAGAGCAGAGGAGAACUCUUAUGCAGCAAUUCUCCUGCAGGUUCCUUUCUCCUCAGCAGCUGGCUGACAAAAUCCGUCUCAUGGUGGAACAAACCGUUGCUGACUCCCGGGUCACCUUUGAAGGCCUGAGGGAAAAGGUGACACCUGCCCAGCUCCUGAGCUCUGAAAUCAUCAACAGAGACUUAUUUGAGAAGUUAACGCAGGGAGAGACCCUGGUCAAAGACGUGAUUAACAUGGCCACAGUGAAGAAGUACUUGGAAGGGACUGGCAGCAUUGGUGGGCUGCUCCUGCCUGACUCCCAGGAGAGAAUGAGCAUCUAUGAAGCCAAGAGGAAGGGCUUCCUCCGCCCGGGGACGGCACUUAUCCUCUUGGAGGCUCAGGCGGCCACAGGACACAUCAUUGACCCCGUGGCGAAUGAGAGAUAUUCUGUGGACGAGGCCUUGCGUGGCAACAUCAUAGGUCCAGAUGUGUAUAGCAAGUUGCUGGUGGCUGAGAAAGCAGUGACUGGCUAUAAGGAUCCUUAUACUGGGAGCAAGAUCUCCCUUUUCCAGGCAAUGAAAAAAGACCUCAUCGUGACAGAACAUGCCAUUCGCCUUCUGGAGGCCCAGAUCGCCACUGGAGGCAUCAUUGAUCCUGUCAAUAGCCACCGCCUCCCAGUGGAAGUGGCCUACAAACGGGGCUAUUUUGAGAAGAAAAUGAGCCUGAUCCUGUCAGAUCCCAGGGAUGACACCAAAGGCUUCUUUGAUCCAAACACCCAUGAGAACCUAACUUACCUACAGUUAAAGGAGAAGUGCAUUGUGGAGCUCACCACAGGCCUCUGCCUCCUGCCACUCAACAGCAGGAAGCACCAACCCCUGGAUGAUGCCACCAAGCAGGCCUUCAGGAGCUCCUGGCUCUUUGUCAAACACGGGCGCUUCCAAGGACAGAGAGUCUCCUUGUGGGAUCUGCUGAACUCAGAGUAUUUCAGUGAGGGAAAGAGAAAGGAAGUCUUCAACCACUACAGACUUCAGAAGGUCACCCUGGAGCAGAUCUGCCUCUCUCUUGAAGAGGAAAUGAAGAAGUGGGCUUGCAUCCAGUUCCCAGCUCUCAGAGGGAAGGUCAGCGCUUACCACCUGCUGGAGAGAGGCAUCAUUGACCGGACGCUCUUUGAGGAGAUCCUAGAUGGAGUGGUGAGCCCAGAGGACGUGCUGCGCCUGGAUUCAGUCCGAAGGUACCUCUAUGGCAUGGGAAGCAUAGGGGGAAUUCUGCUGCAACCCUCCAAUGAGAAACUGAGCCUCUAUGAAGCUAUGAAAAGGAACAUGGUGGUGCCUGGAGUUGCCCUGCCCUUGCUGGAGGCCCAAGCAGCUACUGGGUUCCUUGUGGAUCCAGUGAGCAGCCAAAGACUUUCCCUGGAUGAUGCAGUGAAGAAAGGCCUGGUUGGCCCUGAGCUUUAUGAGGUGUUGCAGCAGGCUGAAGAAGCUGUCACUGGCUACAGGGACCCCUUCACCGGCAAGAUAAUCUCCCUCUUCCAAGCAAUGAAGAAAGGCCUUUUGGCAGACAGGAAAGCCAGGCAGUUGAUGGAUGUCCAGCUGGCUACUGGGGGGGUCAUUGAUCCACACAGCGGCCACUAUGUCCCCAUAGAAUUUGCCCAGAAAAGUGGCUACCUGGAUGAGGAGUUUGGGAAAACCCUUUCCAACCCGAGUAGUGAUUCCAAGGCUUUCAGCACCCUGGACAGGAAAGAGAGGGUCAGCUAUGGGCAGUUGAUGGACCGGUGUCAGAAGGAGGCACAUUCGGGCAUUCGGCUCUUGCCUCUGGCACAAACAGCUUCUGCUUGCUCCACUGAAGAGCAAGUCCAGCAGUGCUUGAAGGAGACCUUCAUUGAGGACAAGGGGGUCUCUCUCUGGGACCUGCUGAGUUCCGGCUACUUCACUGAGGAGCAGAAGUCAGACUUUUUGGAUAAGCAUAGCUCUGGAGCAGUCUCCCUUCACCAGCUGGUCAGCCUUGUCCAGCAGCUUAUGAAUGACAUAGAAAUGAAAGCUAAGACGCAGGUCACUUUCCAAGGUCUGAGAGGAGCAGUGCCAGCCGUCUGGCUCCUGGAUGCAGGCAUCCUUUCAGAAGAGGUGUUUACUGAGCUAGCCCAGGGCAAAAGAUCACCCAGCGAAGUGUCUGAGAUGGAAAGCGUCAAGCUGUACUUGCAGGGCACAGGGAGCAUUGCUGGAGUUUUCGUUCAGUCCUCCAAGGAAAAAAUGGGCAUUUACCAAGCUAUGCAGGAAAGGCUCCUCUUGCCAGGGAUGGCAGCACAGCUGCUCAGAACCCAGGCAGCCACCGGCUCCAUCAUGGACCCAGUGUCUAAUCGGCGGUUUGGUGUUGAGGAUGCCAUCAAAAGUGGCAUUGUGGGAGAAGAGCUGAUGGAAGAGCUGCUGCAAGCCGAGAGGGCGGUGACCGGCUUCCCUGACCCCUACUCAGGGAAACCAAUCUCGGUGUGCCAGGCUAUCAGGAAGGAAUUACUCCCUGCCAGGGUGGGCAUCCCCAUGCUCGAGGCUCAGCUGGCCACUGGAGGAAUCAUCGACCCUGUUCAUUGCCAUCACCUGCCCCUCCAAGUGGCCUUCAAGCAUGGCUUGAUUGAUGAAGAAAUGCAGAGGGCUCUUUCUCAGGACAGCAAGGAGAGCCAGGUUUUCUUUGACCCGAAUACCCAGGAGAGCCUGACCUACCAGCAGCUGAAAGACAGGUGCAUCCAGGACCCUGAGUCGGGGCUCUGGCUUCUCCCACUGACCGAAGAGAGGUUCACUUUCAAAGGCCUAAGGAAGAAGGUGUCAGCCAGCGACCUCUUCCAGUCCCAGCUCAUAGACAAGAUGACCCUGGACGAACUCCAGCAGGGGAAGACAACUGUCCAGGAAGUCAGUGAGAUGGAUUCCGUCAAGCACUUUCUGGAGGGGUGCAACUUCAUUGCAGGGGUCCUCAUAGAACCAGAUCAUGAAAAAAUGAGCCUCUACCAAGCCAUGAGGCAAGGUCUGGUGAGACCAGGGGCAGCUCUGGUCUUGCUGGAGGCCCAGGCAGCUACAGGGUACCUCAUUGACCCAGUAAAGAACAAGAAGCUCUCUGUGGAUGAAGCAAUGGCAUCAGGGCUGAUUGGAAAAGAAAUUUAUGAGAAGCUGCUGAGUGCAGAAAAAGCCGUCACUGGAUACACAGAUCCCUACACCAAAGGGCAGAUCUCUCUCUUUGAGGCCAUGAAUCAGGAGCUGAUUGUGAGGAGCCAUGGCAUCCGCCUGAUGGAGGCACAAAUUGCCACAGGGGGCAUCAUCGACCCUGUGCACAGCCACCGCAUCCCCGUGGAGGUUGCUUAUAAGCGAGGCUACUUUGAUGAAGACCUGAACCGCAUCCUUCUGGACCCCACAGAUGAUACCAAAGGCUUUUUUGACCCCAAUACGCAUGAGAACCUCACUUAUCUUCAGCUUCUGGAACGCUGCACCCAAGAUUCAGAAACUGGGCUGUACAUGCUGCAGGUUGUCAGAAGAGGGGAAACCUAUUUCUACAUUGACGAGGCAACAAAAGAAUUUUUGAAAGCACAGACUAUGCAGGUACAGGUAGGCCGGUAUAAAGGCCAGGCAGUCUCUCUGUGGGGCCUCCUCUGCUCCCCAUAUAUCCAUGAACAGAAGAGGAAAGAUCUGGUCAGGCAGUAUAAGGGUGAGAAGGUCACUUUGCCACAGCUCUGCAAAACCAUCACCGCCAUUGUGGAGGAAACAGAACAGGCAGCCCAGAAGCUCAAGCUGAAGGGGCUGAGGGGGCAAGAGGUGUCUGCCGCAGAGCUCUUCAAUGCAGAAAUCAUUGACAAGGCAACUUUGGACAGACUGCACCAGAAGACCCUUCCUCUGCAGCAGCUUGCCCAGAGGGACGCCGUGAAGCGCUACCUGGAGGGGACAGGCUGCAUUGCAGGUGUCUUGGUAGCCGGACAGGGGUUGAAGCUGCUUGCCUAUGAGGCCAUGAAGAGAGGCUUUCUCUCCCCAGAACAUACUCUGCUACUCCUAGAGGCCCAGGCUGCCACAGGCCUCCUCACUGAUCUGCUGGAGAAGAAGCCCUCCUCAGUUGACCAGGCCAUCUCCCUUGGGCUGGUUGGGGAAGAGUUUCACAAGGCACUCCUCCUUGCUGAGAAAGCCAUUACUGGAUAUACUGACCCCUCCACAGGAGACAAACUCUCCCUUUUCCAAGCCAUGAAAAGAAACCUGGUAGAGAAACACUAUGCCCUCCGGCUGCUGGAGGCACAGGUGGCCACAGGUGGAAUCAUUGACCCUAUACACAGACACCGCCUCCCUGUGGAGGUGGCUUGCAGACGGGGCUACUUGGAUGAAGAAACUUGCCUCCUACUAUCUGAUGAGGGGCUUCUUCCCAAAGGAUUUAUAGAUCCCAAUACCCAGGAAAGGAUUACCUACACUCAGCUCCUGCUCAGGUGUACCAAAGAUGCAAAGACAGGUGCAUACCUGCUGCCGUUACGAGAGAAGAGGGAAUAUAUCUUUGUGGAUGAACAAACUAAGCAUGUCCUCUCAUCUUGCAAAAUAAAAGUAGGCCUUGGGAAAUACAGGGGACAGCCCAUUUCCCUUUGGGAACUUCUUUCUUCAGACUAUGUUACAGAAGAGAAGCAGAAAGAAAUGAUAAAAAAGUAUAAGGAGGGGAACUGGGCAGUUCUGCAGAGUAUCACAAGGCAAAUACGGAAGAUCAUAGAGGAAAGAGAAGACCACAGAAAAGACAUUUGGUUCCAAGGACUACGGAGGCAAGUCACAGCUUCUGAGCUACUAAAGGCAGACAUCAUUAAUGAAGAAGUUAUGCACAAUUUGGAAGCAGGAACAGAGAAAGCACAAGAUGUAGCAAAGAGGGAUUCGGUGAAGAG